AUGCCUUCUGCAACAGGUACAAAACGUGUUAGGGGAGUCUCGAUAUUCAGACCCUUUGUUUUCGGCAGCGAAGCGCAACCCUUUGAUCCAGCUAAAAAACCAGCCAACGUACCAGCAGACCAUACCCACCAGUGGCGCGUAUUUGUUAAGGGUAUCAACGGCGAAGAUAUCUCCUACUGGCUCAAAAAGGUCCAAUUCAAGCUUCAUGAGACGUACGCGCAGAACGUACGCACAAUCGAACAGCCGCCCUUCGAAGUAACCGAGACCGGAUGGGGUGAAUUUGAGAUCCAGAUUAAAUUGUACUUUGUCCCGGAGUCUACAGAGAAGCCGCAGACCCUUUGGCACAGUCUGAAACUGCACCCAUAUGGCCCCGACGCAGAAGGGAAGAAGGAGCGGAGAGAGGUGGUCGUCAGUCAGAACUACGAGGAAGUCGUGUUCAAUGAACCCGUUGAGCAAUUUUAUGAAUAUCUUACCGGGGGCUCAGCGACACCACAGCCACAGAAAGGGAAGAGCGGAAAGAAUACAAAACAGGGGCAGGGGCACCGCGGCGGGAGAACGGCCGAAAUUCCCUACAGUGAGACACCGGAGAACCCUUAUAGUAAGACGGCUGAAAACAAGGAGCUGGAUCGGCUGGCGGAAGCCAAUAAAACUGUGGAGCAAAUGAUCAAGGACGAGAAGGAACGACUUAUCGAACGCGAGAAAAGACUAUCCGAGCUACGAGAGAGCGAAGGCGUUCCGUCAAGUACGAAAAAACGAUAG